AUGGCGGAUGCAGCGAGGGCCAGAGAGACCGGCGACAUGCCUGGAGAGCUGGAAACUUUGGCCAAAUUGGGGGCCAGUGGCCUGUAUCCGAACAAGUGUUGGGCCGACUUGACAAGGCAGCUGGCCCCGAGCAUCAAGGUGCCACCUGCGGUUCUUCAUAAGGUACCGACCAAGGCGGGUCUGGAUACACUUCCGGUGCUCAUGCCACACGAGCUGUUGGCAUCCAUUUAUGACACUUUCCCAGCUGUUUGGGUUAAGGUUGUGAAGCCGUCGGAUAGCCGAGCCGAGCAGUUUUGGCGCUCAGUGAAGGGCCAUCCUGCACUGGAGUCAAGCCCACUCCUCGCUCGGCCGAAUUAUCAGCGGCUUUGCAUACCCCUGGGUGUUCACGGCGAUGCUGUUCCAAUCACUGCGUUGGGGAAAGCUUGGUGCCAGCAGUUGACCGACCUGAGUUUCAUGAGCCUUUUGGGUCUUGGCUCUGUGAAAGAGCUACUGUUUUACAUGGGUGGAUUUUGGGAAAAGCUGAGAGUCAUGUCGAAUGACAUGAAUGGCACCGCUCACAAGUUCUUGGCAGUGCUGGCUUGGUCAUUUCAAAUCCUCUGGGAAGGUCGGCCCUUGCAGCUGGCAAGACUUCCGAACUUCUGCGGCUUGGCGAGCCACGUCUUGGAAAGCCUCCGAAUGGCGAUUGUGGUCUGGCAAAUCAUCCUGCCCUUUGCUGCAACUUCCUGGAACGAGCUGUUGGACCGUGGCGUUUGA